CGCUGGCGGAGGUCGCCUGGGCAGCCAAUUUCGGCUCCAAGGGCAGAGAAGGGGCGCUGGGCUCCGCACAGGUGUGGACUUGAGCGCGUGUGUGUAUGUAGGGGGUGGUCUCUGCACCACCCCUCACCGUCUCGCUGCCCUUUCCCACCUAGGAUUCAAGCGGAUCUGAGACACACACAGCCCGGGAGCCCACGGCCCCGGAGUCUUGGGUUUUGGCGAGGGGUCUACCCCUCUGAUUCCAGAUGCCAGCUUCUAGCUUGUCCAUAUUUUGGCUGACCAUUUCCCUCUUGGCUCUCGUGUCUUCGGAACUCUGUGGAAGCUUGCCGUUAUUACUGCCACCGUUGCAAUUUGUGCAUGUCUUAUUUACCUCUGGAGAGUUGUCCUUGCUACAGAGCCUCCAGUAUAUCCAGUUAAUGUACAGCCAAAAACUGCAAAGAGCAACACGUUGGAGAAAGAAAACACAGAGCUGGCUGAAGCAAUAUCCAUGUGGGAACAGAAGAUACAUCUUCAAGAAGCUAAGAGAGAAAGUAACAUUCACUCUGCUGAAGCUCUUAAGUUGAAAUCAGAAGAUGCAAACGGUCAGUUGGAGGAACUGAGACCCUGGAGGUCCAAUAAACGUGCACUGGAAGCAUGGAAAAAGGCCGCGGAAGACCUUCAUAAUGAUUUGAGGUCUAUUAAAGCAAUCAGGGAAGAAACAGCCAAAAGGCUGAAGGAUACAGGAGACAUCCUUCAUAAAUACUAUGAAGAAAGAAAAAUGGCUACAGCAAAGAAUCUGGAUAUGACAAACUGUGAACUAGUGGCAAUGAAUAAUCAGAUGGCAACUGCAGAGGAAAAUCUGGAAAUAGCUACAAGGGACAUACACAAGUGCAAACAGCAAAUUGAACAAACACGAGAACAGCUGCAGAAGGCAGAACUCACCUUCACACACCAGGUCGCAGUUUAUGAGCGUAAUGCUGCGGAAAACUUGAUGAAGAGUCAGAUCGGGGAGACAAAAAUGGCGGGACAGAGCCGGGAGGUCGCCCGCUUGAAACACAGACUGGAUGGGAUGGAAGGAGAGAGGCUGGUUGAGGGAUACAGGAGGUGGAGAACAAUGCCUGGAGGUCCAGAGAUGCAGAACGCUCCGAGGAGAGAGCCUUCAGCCGAAGCUUGUGUCACUCCCAUGAGUCACAACUACAAGCAGUCUACCAACAAUGCCGAGAAAGACAAGGGCAGUGUGGAUCCGUGGCGACCUCCUCCAUCAACUGGAAGAUUCUGCACGACCUACCCUAGAGGCCACCGUAUGAUCUCCUGGGCACAUCCACCUCCUGUGCCAGGUUCAGGACCAUCCCGAAACCCUCCACCUGCACCACUUGGGCCUUUUUCAGAUCCACAUGUUGCUUCUGUGAGUAACAACAACACUGACUCUACCAAAAGGACCACGAAGGACAAGGCCAUUAUGAAUGCAAGAGGGCCUGGUCCUUCCCCAGGAUCGCCUUGCAGGCUGUCCCCCAUGGACCACCCUUCACCACCAGUCAUGGGCGAUGGGCCACCUCCGCCUCCUCCACCAGCUCCUCCACGUACUAAAUUUGGUUUGCGUCUCCGAAAGUUCCCUCGCAAUCUCCUGAGGUUUUGCCUGUGUUCCUGCUGUGUCAGCUCUAACACCAGCUCUCGGCGGUCACCUCAGAGCCUCAGGAGAAUGCGAAGUUUGAGGACCCUGAACUAUGACCAAUAGGCUGUGGUGAUGUGAUAUAUUUAGAAAAGUUGUCUGAUAUGCAUAUUUGACUGAAUUCUUUCCCUGACCAUUCCUGUCCCCUCUAUUUUGUUUUUCCUCGUUUCCCCUAAUAAACCCAUCACAGUUCUGUA